AUGCCCGCGGCAGCCCCGCGAGCCGCACAUCCUGCCACCUACGGCGCUCCAAUGCCUGCCCCCGUGUCCACAGCCCCUGCGGGCACUUUCGCUCCCGGAACGAAGAUACAAGUUGGCAACCACCGGGUUGUGAUUCAGAAAUAUCUUUCUGAAGGAGGAUUUGCCCAUGUAUAUCUCGUCAAGCUUCCCAAGCCUAUCGACGGCACGGACAUGGCUGUUCUAAAGAGAGUGGCUGUCCCCGAUAAGGACGCACUGCGAAGCAUGCGAACCGAAGUCGAGACGAUGAAGAGGCUGAAGGGUCAUCGCCCAAUCGUUACCUACAUCGAUUCCCAUGCCUCUGAGAUGCGCGGAGGAGGAUAUGAAGUCUUUCUUCUCAUGGAAUUCUGCGACGGAGGCGGUCUGAUCGAUUUCAUGAACACUCGUCUUCAACACCGCCUGACCGAGCCCGAAAUCCUACACAUCUUCACAGACAUCGCCGAGGGAGUAGCCUGCAUGCACUACCUCAAGCCGCCGCUACUUCAUCGAGACCUCAAGGUUGAGAAUGUUCUGAUUGUUAGCCACGGUGCCCAGAAGAAAUUCAAGCUCUGCGAUUUUGGAUCAGCCGCUGCACCCAAACCGGCACCGCAAACCGUCGUCGAAUGCAGGCUCAUGGACGAGGACGUUCAAAAGCACACAACCAUGCAAUACAGGAGUCCGGAGAUGAUCGAUGUCUACCGCAAGCUGCCCAUCGACGAGAAGUCGGAUAUUUGGGCAUUGGGCGUGCUUCUGUACAAACUGUGCUACUAUACCACUCCUUUCGAGGACCAAGGCCAACUUGCCAUCCUCAACGCGAGUUAUAGAUUCCCAAGCUAUCCGGUCUUCUCAGAUCGUCUGAAGAAGCUUAUUGCCUCCAUGCUGCGUGAAAGCCCGCAAGCCAGACCCAAUAUCUAUCAGGUUUUGCGCGAGGGCUGUGCCAUGCAGGGUCGUGAUGUUCCUAUUCACGAUAUCUAUACUGGAAAACAGCGCUCUGAGCCGCAAAGCAAGGACCGGUCCUCUGCUGACCACUCCCAAGCUAAGCAAGUAGUCGGUGCCGUGUUUGCUCCACCCAAGCAGGAGGAACAGGUCCUUCCAGAUAUUGUUCCGAUGAGAAGGGGAAGGUUGCCGGCAGCCAGCCAACAGCCACAAGCUCAGCAAGUAGCCGCGAAACCGAGCCCAUCUCCUAUGCGAGUUACGAAUGGAGAUCCUUUCGCCGCCCUGGACAAGCAGUCAACCCCAGCAGCUGUCCCCGCAGCUGCUCCGGCGGCAGAUGCGGAUGAGUUUGCAUCGCGGUUCCCAUCUUUGGACCAGUUUUCCAUCCUUCAUGAAUCUGGGUCCAAAUUCAAUUUCGACUCGCAUACGCCGCCCCCGACACAGCAUCAAAGGAGCCAGGCCCAGAGGCCCAACGAGACGCCCGCAGAUGCAGGUUUCGUCGCGGCUCAUUCUCCUCCCCAGAGCCAGGAGCCCAUUCGUCCUAAGACUGUUGCCCCAGCGGGUGCUUCUUCUCAUACGCCUCCAACGGUGAAGUCGCCCCCUCCAGGUGCCAUCGGCCUGACGAAGACUGCCUCGGCCCCCCUGAAGCAAGCUGAGAUGAGCAGAGCACAUGCCAUCAUUCACAAGAAUCCCGAGUUGCAAGCUAUUUCAUCCCAGACUCAAGUCCAGGGCCAGAGUCAAUAUCAGGCGCCGCCGUCGAGAUAUGUGUCGACAGGCACCAUGACGAAUACCCCUCCCCCAGAACAGCAGCAAGCUCGCGAGAAAAUGCCUAUUUGGCGAGUGCCCGCGACUGACCACGGUCGGUCGACCAGUCUUCCUCGUCAGACAGAGCCGAGUGUUCCCGUUCGCCCCGAAGACCCGAGCACUGGGUCUAUUCAUCGUGUUCCAUCUUACCAACUCCGGCCAACUCAUGUUCGACAUCCGUCGUCAUCGCGUCCAUCGCUUGAGGGCGGCCGCCCGAGCCUGGAUCUUCUCGAUGCAAGCGCUCAACGGAGGUCUAUCGACGGGCGCCCGCGGCCAGUCAGCACCCACCUCGAAUCCAACCUGGAUUUCCUUCGUGAAAAGGAAGGUUCCUCCAAGCAGCCACUGCCAUCUCCCAGUCUGUUAUCACCAAAUCUCCCUGACAGAGUACCGUCUCCCGCGGUGCCUGUGGAACCGGAGGAAGAGGAGUCUCAUAUCGAAUCCAACGUGGAGUUUUUGCGUAGCAUGGAAGAGGCGAAAUCAGAGAAGAAGGAAUGGGGUGCGAAGCAUGGCAAACGCGGAAGCCUGAGCUCUUUGUCCGGGACGAAGAACAUUUUGGCUGGAAGAUUUGGGGAUGCGUUCAAACGAUUCGAGGGCAACCAGGCCCCUGCGCCGGCUCGAACACCAUCGCCAUUGAAGCAACUUGAUCGCCCUAUAUUGACCCCCAUCGAUGGGUCAGAGGCUACCGACGGCCGCACUGAUGAUGGAAACGGCAUGGAGGAGACCGAAGACAUGACUCCAGCUAUGCGACGAGAGCUCGAACGUCUUCGCUUGGAAGAGGAAGAGCGUCGCGUCGAAGCUGCCGCUGCAGAAUACCGUCAACGAUUCACCAACCAAGGGUCCGGCUCCGGCGGCCAGGCUCCGCUGCCGAAGAGCAUUGGCGGUGUUUCCCGUGCCGUCAGCAUUCAGAAUAGAGUGCAAAACCUCUUGAAUGAGGGCCAGAAAUCAUCGGUGCAGGUUCCGCGUACUGCUCAGGGAUAUGGGGUGUACACCGAUGGGACCUCACCCACAAGCCGGUUGGACAAGCAGCUUCCCGAGAUACCUCGGAAGCCAGUCGGCGGCACCAAAACCCGAUCUAUGACACCGUCCAACUCCCAAGACGUCAUGGUCCACAAGGUACGCCCAUCCGCUAGCGACCCUGUGCCUCAAGCAGGAAGAAGCACGCCCGGCCCACGACCGGUGGCGCCGCGCAAGCCGAUGCACCUCAACAGCCUGCCAACCGGCGGUCGAUCGGGCUCGCCGCCGAAGUCGUCGCAGGCUCCCGCUGUACCCUCCGAGCACCUGGUGGGGGUCGGGCUUCCCGGGCGGCCCGUAAUCGAAAUGUCGACAAAGGAAAAAGACGAAUACCUGCAAGAUUUCUCGAAGCGAUUCCCUAGUUUGGGCUCAAUCGAAAUGGUAGAGCGUGACCUCGCGGCGGAGGCGGGCGAGCACCGACCGGCGAGGUAG